GUCGCGUGCGGUCCCAACCAUGCGCUUUCCAACCGCGACAGUGAAAGUUCGUUGAGAGAAAUGCGUCCCGCGAUCGCCUUUCUGUUUGUGGUGACAUGGACAGUGGCACACGGUUACGACUACGCGUCGGCGUGCGCGCGGCCCUACCGCGCCAAGCGUGCCAAGGAGCCUCCCGACGUGCCAUGCGACCUCAGCAAGCAGAGCUACUGCACUACUCCUGGCAACAACUACCCCUGGCACGCGAUACGACGGUUCAUCAGAGAGAACCAGGGUCUGAUGAGAAGAAUGUAUGGUGAAGAACGGCAUAUCUCCGUUCUAAAAGCUGAAUUAGAAAACUUUAUCGAUGAUGACGAUGAAGACGAGGACAAAAAGAAUGAUUUCGGUGAAGACUUCAUCAAAACGAAAAUGAUGUUAAUGAAGAAAACCUACGGACGUGGCAUGAAAGACAAACCCCAUUUCAGGCCAAUCCAAUCUAAUCCAGAAAAACAGAAAAAGGCCGAUAAUGAUGCCCUUAAAGUAAAACCGUUAGGAAACAUUACCGGUAACGCAGCUAAAAGAAAUGAAAGCAAAACUGAAAUCAGCAAUCAAACAGUUAAUGAAGAUAAAGGUAUAUCAUAUAAAACUAAACUCGAAAGUAUAGCGAAUAUUGAGAUAAAUAAUUUAGAUCCAGAUGUGAUAACGUUAGAAGCUGUUAUCAAACAGAGCAUAGAAACAAACAGCAUAUACCCAAAUUUUUCUGGCACGUCUAAAAGUGAACCAUUGACUUUAGAAAGUAAAAACAACACAGACCGAAAUGCAACAACUACUACUGAAAAUGUUGUAAACAGUACAGAAAGUAGCGAUGACCUGUACGAUGAUUUGACAACAGAACCAGGUAAAGAUGCGUGGAAAAGUAACGUGGUCACCUCAACUUUACCUCCUACAUUACUAUUUUCGGAACACGAAAAGUUGAAAAUAGAUCGUAUAGAUAACAAGGAGACGGAGAAGAAGGAAGAGUUUCAUCCAAAGCCAGUGCAGCAUCAGGAGACUAUGAGACCUUCUGUUAUUAAACUACGAGGAGCAAAUGCUUGCGAAACGAAAGAAGAGAUGAUGGCGCCAUUUUGGGCUAACAGCACUAGAGGUGAAAUGCUGGCGCUUUUAAACAUGUACCCCUUCGAGCAGUACAUCCACUCCGAGACCUGCGUGCACAAACACAAACAGAUGUACUGCAGGGAGGGCUGCAGAUGCGAACAGCAGUUCCGACUCCACCGCCUGCUAGCCUACGAUCCCCGCAACGAGUGUCGCGGCAUAUUCGCCGACUGGUUCAAGUUCCCCGCAUGCUGCGUCUGCAAAUGCUACGACGUGCCGCUAGAGUUCCGCGCGCGGUCCCCCCGGAUCCUCCACCCGCAGUACGACGACGAAGUGAAGAGGUUGAUAUAUGAGGACGUGGCUAGAGACUGGUAUACCAUGUCGUAUGACGAAGAUGAAGAUGACGAUUUGUUCUGAUGGUUGGGGGUAGUCCUCAAAUAUUAACAAACUAGACUUUUCUUCUUGUGUCCUACGUUAUGGGAAGUCGGCACAACUUGUCUCUUUGCCAAUUUUAAAGAGAGACUAACGGUUUUCGUUUUGGCAUAUUUUGUUCUGUUUCACUUCACGCUAGAUUGACUGUACUUAAACAAAUGACAUCUUAAAUUUUGUUACACCACUGUGACACCUCGAAAUACCAACUAUUAAGUAAAAUAACUAUAUUGGAUAGUAUUUUUAGUUGGUUUGUAACCUUUAAGUCCUUCAAAUUUUAGUUUUUUGGACACUCGUAUUUACUUUUUGGUCGCGUUAAGCUUACGGCGCCAAAAUGGCGUGAAUCAAUUGGAGACCAAACCCAAGUGACAGGAGCCAAGGUCCAAUGUUGAGUCGAAACCAUAGGGGUUAUAAAAGUUAAUACAAUCUGCUAUAUUUGCAGCAAAAAGUUCCACUUUUUUUGAUGAUGAAAGGUAGUAGAAAUUAAUUCAGUAAGAUGUUAAUUAAAGUCUUAUGAAAUAAUGAAUGAAUGAAUAUACUUUUAUUGCACACCACAAAAAGUACAUAAAAAAAGAAAAGUAUAUCAAAACAACAUAGAAAGGCGGUCUUAUAAGGGGGAUACGUCCACUACGAAAAGCCAUAAAUCAAAAGAAGAAGAAGAAGGGGGAAUACGUACGUAAAAUUAGUAGAUUAAAAAAAACGUACCAACCUAUGGGGUGGAAAUAAUAGAGUUGUCCGACAUUAUGGUCUUGCUCUCAUUGGCAAGUCGACCGUUAGCACGAUUAUCGUGGUAAACUAUCAAAAUAUACGAUGUAUCAUAAUAAAACGAUCCAUAUUUGGGUUGCCUUCAUUUACAAUAGUAAUAAUUAUUAUUCUUACUGUUAUCUAUCCCGAAAUUAACCCCACCAUAGAUAAUUAUUUAUUUUAACAGUAAUUUGUUAUAUUUGACUAAUGUUAUUAAGUCUUACGGUG